GGAUCCGCCUGAGGUCUGGCAACAAACAAACGGCUGUUGGAAGAGAGUAGGUGAGUUGUGUUUAGUCUCUUUGCUAAAGAAAUAGGCAAAGGUAAUAAGAUGUUUGGUGGCUAGUGCUGUGGCUAGGACCCUAUAUGUCCUGUUGAUGAAGUUAGGUGCUGUUCUGAGCAUUAUUUGUGGCUAUAGAGUGGCGUUUUGGUUGAGGUUUGUGUGUGGCUCCUCAGACUGGUGUGUAUUGCUAUCGUGCGGUCAUUACUAUAGUUGGUAUAACUAGAGAAGCAAGCGGUCGGCAACAUUCAUCUCCCGAGGGGGUGUCUAACUUGGUGUUAAGGUGUGUUUGACUCUAACUUAAUCUUACGCUGGAAUAUCCCUUUAGGCUUGAAAGGUUUAAAGACAAGUGUUUAAAGGUUUGAUUUAAUCAACAGGGAGGUUAUCUGACAAACUUCUGAAAUUAACCAACCACAUCACAAGUAUGACAUCUAGUGUCUACUGUGCAAACUGCAGGUAGAUGAACAACAUAUUAGGACGCUUUCAUUUACAAUACUCCUGUUUCUAAAGGCUCUUAACCUUUCAUUCGCCGUACCUUCUAGUAUCACGCAAUGUACCUAUCCAUACAACCUGAAAUCUCAAGCGAAAGAUAAACAAACAUUUCCCUGCAAUAUAAUCGUUUCAGCAAGGUUAAGGGUGAAAAUAACCGAACGCACCCCCAUGUUCUCCGGUCACAUGCCAGUCAAGCCUGAUCAGCUGACAUCCUCCAGCUUCCCCUUCUGCUGCUGCUUCUCCUCCUCCGUCGAUCGACAGCCUUUCUCUUAACAGUAUCAUUUUAUCUGCGCGUAAUUGGCCUCAAAUUAGUCAAUUUGAGCCAAAGAAACCUCUGUGAUCCAGCAGGUUAGUCCACCGGGUAGAUGUUGUUGGAGUGUAUGAUGAACGGACACGCUAUCCUGUAUACGGGGGUCACUUUGGCCUUCUGGAGCACCAUCCUCAUCGUCGGUAAGAUUGGAGUGUCCUCGAAAACCAUCACGAUAUUGUACAUUCUGAAUAAAAUCAGUCAUACAUCUGAGUUUAUUAACGCUGUAAAUGCAGCCUCUUGCCCAGUGUUUGUUUAAAUUUGACAGCUAGCCGGCUAAAGGAGCUAAAGGGGCCGUUUCCAUUUCUGUUUGCUAGCUGCUAACAGAAGAUGUAGAAAUAGUUGACGCGAUAAUUCAAGCAUACUCGUUAUUAAUGCUAUAAAACGAGCUUACGUUGCCUUUAGCACUAUUAAAAUAUUAUAUAGAUAUGUUAUAUUAUAUCUGGUACCCAGGUUAGCAUUUCCUAGGCUAAUACCAAAGCUCACGUCAAGCUAAUGUCGAGCUGCGUUAAGCUUAGCGCCUGUAGCUGAAAACGACCAAUGCUUAAAACGUCUCACUGCUUUGUUUUCAGUCAUUUGCGCAGGUAUUUUGAUAGCUAUGACAAAUCCGUAAGCUGUUAUUUACUCGGUAUUUUAAGGUGAAUUAACACAGAGAAGGAGAACAUGGAUGCGCCUGCCCAAUUUACACCAAGAGUCAGAAAUACACUUGCAUAUUCGCCCUUCCCGAGUAUAAAACUCAUCAGGGAAACACUGCCUUUGCAAAAACAGCUAAUCUUCUCACUCAUAGUUCGUAAGACAGCGAGCCAGAACCUCAAUUGUCAUCAGUGUUGGUGCAAACUCUAUGAACUGCAGGCUGCGUUUUGGUGCAAAAGGACUGUCAAAAAGUGCACAACAAAACCAAAGUGCAAAAAAAAGUAGGUAUGCAUGAUAUUGGACAUGGAUAUAAACAAUAUGAUUAAUCAUAAAGGGUAAAUGUAUCCUGUAGAUUUCAGCCAGCAUGUUGAAAUGUAUUGUUGGAGCCUGUUAGCUGACAUUACAUGGGGAUAUUUAAUACAGAACCUUAUAUAUCAGUAGGGGUGGGAGAAAAAAUCGAUUCACGUGAGUAUCGCGAUUUUUUUGUUCAAAAACCGAUUUUUUUUUUCUAAUUUAAGAAUUAUUCUUAAAAACUGACUUACAUGUGAUGUGUAUUUUUGGGGAAAUAUUGUUCCUGUAAUAGUCAGUAGAUAAUCAUAAUCAUUCAACUGUUUCACUGGUGUUAAAAAUGCAGACUGAAUAUCAAGAAAAAUCGAUAAUAUCGUAGAAUCACAAUUUCAAUCGAAUUGGCAUCCAAGUAAUCAUAGAAGAAUCGAAUCGGGAGAAAAGCACAUCAUCCCAGCCCUAUGCAUCAGCAUACAUGUUUGUAUCUGUAGAGUCAGACAACUUACUUUUAAAGCUAGUGACUAGUGACUGCCAUUAUGGUAAACACCCCUAUAAAGGUAUCCCAUUACUCCAACCUGGAUGUCUUCAAAAUCCCUCUUCUCUUCCUUCUUGUGUUUUACACUUUAACAAUCAGCUCAGGAAGUCAUUUGAGUGGAAUAUUUUAUUACUUGCACUCGUGUACAAGUAGAAAUGCAAGUAUGUGUAUUCAUGCCAAUGCCAAUUCAAGUAUACCCAACCAUGAGCCCAAAGAGGAACUGCGGCAGUGUUCACGUGGGGGUGAGCGAUCGCACUACUGUUAGAAAUUCCCCUCCAUGACUCUGGCACUCAAAUGUGACACUGUUUCUCACAUGGUUCACAGGAAAAGAUUAGAAAUGUAGUUGCACACUGUCAUUAUCUACAAUUACACAGUUGAUUCUGUCACAGACCCCAGAUUUAUCAGUUAAACACAGACCCUCUUCCACUUUUACAUCUGAUUUAAAUGUCUUUCUGUCCACAGGUAUCUGCUACACUAUAUUUGACCUGGGCUUCCGCUUUGACGUGGCAUGGUAAGCAAGUCUCUGUCAGACAGUUAACUGGUUAUUGGCAUUUGAUUGACAUUUGAUUAAUUGAGGAGGACUAUAACUGUUAGAUCACAUCUAUAAUGUAAAUAUUAAUAAGUGAUGGCCUUAUACUUUGUUGGUUAGCUGCUGUGAGCUUUCUGCAAAAUACACUUGGAUGUUGAAAGUUUGGGUUUUUCAAACUUUGUAACUGUAUCCAAACUAAAACUCUUACUAGGUUGCGCAAUCGUGAAGAGAUUGCUGCAAUGCCCUGCAAAGAGCACCUCUAAUAAUUCCCACAAUGAAGCCAGAGUUAUAAAGCAUUGAUGUGAAAUAGCUGCAUAAAGGCCUUCCUUUCUCUUUGCUUAUUUGUGAGUCUUCAAAGUCAAAUGUUAUUAUUUCAUGGAAGUAAACAAGACGAUGGAAGAGUAAUUUUGCCUUCAGAGACUGAACCUUGAGCCAGAAAGUAAAAAAAGAAAAGACCAGAACUGAAUAUAUUUAGAGUCGACUGGCCUUCAAGGUGAUUUAAUCAUGGUGCUGCAGUCAACAGUGAAAGAAGAGGGUGUGAUUCAGCUCACUCUAUGUUUGACUUGCCAGAAUACAUUUGAUUAAAGAUGCAUAUUAUCUUCUAUCUCAUGGGUCUUUAACAAAUGUGUGUUUCAAACCAGUCCUCAGGGAUCCUGCUGUGACUCUGUUAUUUAUGUGUUACACCAGUUUUGCCUCAUGCAGCUCUUAAACAUUUUAAUGAAAGUAUUACAGAUGUUUAAAGCUAUUUAUGACAAACACAAAAUGUCAGGUUAUUUGUUUUUAAGUUAACCUGCUGCUCUGCAAACUGUAACUUAUUUUGAGUUUGAUGUAUCAACUGCAGACACAGCAGAUCAACUGAAUAAUCCAUCAGGGUUUUACUCAGAUGGAUGGUGGUGCAUCAUUCAUCAGCUGUACCUCCUCUUCUGCAGGUUCCUGACAGAGACUUCUCCUUUCAUGUGGGCCUGUCUGGGCAUCGGCUUGGCCAUCUCUCUGUCUGUGGUGGGAGCUGCAUGGUGAGUCCAUACUGUGAAUUUGUUACCCCAGGAUGAAAGUACCAGAUGGUAUAAAAAGUGAAAGUUUUGUAGGCCAACUUCCUCCUCCUUUUAGGAAACAAGUUUUACACCGUUUAUGAAUGUGGAACUGAAAACUUUUUGAUUUAGCAACACACUGUAAAAACUUUCCAGAUUAUCAAUCAGUGUUUAUUUAUAUAGCACUUUCAUACAUGACCAUGUAGCACAAGGUGCUUUACACAGAAAAAGGAAUAAAAGAAACAAAGAAUACCGAGAUCUACCCCAGCCCAACCCCUCAUUCCCACCCCACGAUGUAAACGCGGCAGAAACAGUAUUAACAGGACAGGAAUGUGUGCAAUGAGGAAAAACGCCAUUUUAAAACUCAAGAUAAGGAAACACUGGAGGUUUAGGUUAAAAUCUAAAAACAAAGUAACAUAGAAUGAAAUGUAAGAAAUAAAAAACAACAGUAAAAGAUACUAAAAUAAGAGCACCAAAAUAGUCCAAUAAAAGACGAUCCUGUGAUGAAAACUAGAAAGAGAUAAAUGCUAAAACACUUAAAGUUAUUGAUGUAAAAUGAUAAACAGAUUACAUACAUAUGAUAAGGAUUAGGAUGUGAUGCUUUAGGAUACAGAUAAACAUUUGCAACCAACAGUUUUGACAGCUUGUUGGAAAAACCUCCAUUUUAUCCCUUCCUGUUACAAACUACAUUUUUCUGUACCAUGCUUUUAGAUGUUGAUGGUUGUUUGUGUAUUUUUCAGGGGGAUCUACAUCACAGGCUCAAGCAUCAUCGGUGGCGGUGUCAAAGCUCCACGGAUCAAAACCAAGAAUUUGGUCAGGUAGGGAAUGUUUGCUGAAAUAACUGCCAGUGUAGCCUGGAGAUUACAUUUUCAUUCAAGAACCAUUAAGAAUGUUAGUUACAUUAAAACAACCUGCUCCUUUUUUAAAGUUUUAUUUGCUUCUUAUGUUUCAGCAUCAUCUUCUGUGAAGCUGUAGCGAUUUAUGGGAUCAUCAUGGCCAUCGUAAUCAGCAACAUGGCUGAGGUAAGCAGUGGGCAUAUUAUCUGUUUGUCAGAACAGCAUGACUGUAGAUGAAAGCUGAUUACUAAUAAGACAGAAAGAGUUGAUUAUGAUUCCAACUACAGGCUAAAGUUGGUUAUUCGGCUCUUAAAAUAGUCUUUUUCAUUUCGUAGAGAUUCACUGGAACGACCCCUGAGACCAUCGGCGCAAAGAACUACCAAGCUGGUAAGAAGCAAAUGAAACUUUUGAACCAAAAGGAAAGAAAUCCUUUUUGAAAAGCUCAUUAAUUUAAACCUUACACAGUAUCAGGACUUUUCCAUUAUGUCUCACAAAUUUCAUUUCAUCCUAGGAUUUUAUUUCUCAUUUUAAUACUCGUGAUUUUACUGCGGACGAAGCUUCCAGUUAGAAUCAUGCUCAUGCACUUGAUUCAAAUUUUAAGGCAGAGAGGUCAAAGAUAACAGUAUGUAAAGAUUCAUCAACACUGACAGGUUUCCACUGUGACUGAAAGUUUGAUUUUUCCGGUCCUGUUCCUCUGUGGAUCAGUCACGGUGGAGCUCUGACUCACUGGAUUUCUGUCUUGACUAGGUUACUCCAUGUUUGGAGCUGGUCUGACCGUGGGCUUCUCCAACCUCUUCUGCGGCAUCUGCGUCGGCAUCGUGGGCAGCGGGGCAGCUCUGGCCGACGCUCAGAAUGCCAGCCUCUUCGUGAAGAUCCUCAUAGUGGAGAUCUUCGGCAGUGCGAUCGGCCUGUUUGGAGUCAUCGUAGCCAUUCUGCAGGUGAGUAAGAGAGAAAUGGCCUCACUAGUUUGUCAUUCUAAUAUUUGGUUGUUAACUUGUUUUUCUUCCUCCUCCAGACGUCAAAAGUAAAGAUGGGCGACUAGAAGAAGCAUCCACUCAGAGAAGAAGAAAAGACCCUGCUGGAAAAAUAAGAUGGAUUAUUGUGUAAAUACAUCGUAAAUUAUUUAAAUGUCUCUAUUUGCCCGGGAUUGUUUUUAGCUAUCAUUCAUGCAAGAGUGGUACAUUCACACACUGCAGUCUUGUCUUUGGAGGAGCAUUAAUGUUGAAUGGGAAAACUGGGAACAAAUCAGCAGAUGCCAGUGUUUUUUUGUGCAUUAAUUCACCUCGUCAACAACUCAGCUUUCCAUUUUCAGGAUAGAACAGAAGUUUCCUGACGUUGUUAUAGCUGCCCACUCUUGGACGAAUGAUUGAAGUUAAAAACCCCACUAGACUAUUUGAAUAUUUGUGAGUGUAUGUGUGCGCGUGUGUGUGUAUGCUGAUCUCUUUUCUCUGUGGUGCAUGAGGGUGUUUACCAUUGUGUUUAUUACCGUAGCCUGGUCUGUCCUUUUUGGUUUGUUUUUCACGGAAAAGCAAGUGGUCCUUAAUACACGCACGCACAGCAGCCCAAACCCACUGUUCAUCAGGCCUCCUGCUGUCAAAGUGACAGAAUCUGCCACUGCUUCACAGCUACUCCACCCCUCCAUCCUCUUUGUUAAAUACACAAAAACAUCGGCUGUUCAUUAGGAAGCGAAACGAAAGUGAAAACACCUUUUGUUGCGUGUGUAAUAAGAAGGAUUUUAUAAACAUGCUGUUUUAUGUCUGUAAGUGACCUUUCAGCAUAAUUUCUUUAUCAAAGGCAGAAGGGGCAAGUUAAAUAUCCAUUUAAUGUUGGUAUCAUAACAACUUUUGCUUCAUCUAGCUCACAUUUGAAGUUUUCCCAGGUAACCAUGAAGUUGAAGAUCAAAAUGAUGGACCUUAUCACAGCUUGUCUACACUGAAAUCAACACAAAUCCCACUCUGCAGAUCUUAAUGUUUCUUUAUUUUGAUUGAAAUGUCCUUGUUUGAAUGUAUUGUGUGUGUUUUUCUUUGACAUUCCCACAUAGAUGCUUAAUGUGUGUUUACUUGGAAUGACCUCCACUUCAUGAUACAAAAGCCAUCUUGAAUUUGUUUCAACGUGGUUAGCAUGAUCUUUCAUCAGCUUUCAGUGGUACAGCACGUCAGCUGUUUAAGCUCUCCAGUAAGUCCAGCUGAUGAGAAAUUUUCAGGCUUUUGAAGAAGAACUAAGUUUUCAUUUGAUGCGUCAUUCCGAAAGUUAGUCUGACAGACCACGGCGAAUUGUGAAAUGUCUGUCCUGUGAUUUUUUCCUCUGACCCUCUUGUUGUGGAGUUGUGAAUGAGUGUAAAUAUUGAAUCUUAACAUGGGGGAAACUGGAUUGUCUCACAUAGAUUCACACCUGGCGUCCCAAAGGUGUCGCAGCAUCUUAGCGAUGGUGUUCUGACGUCCCUGCAAAGACUCCUUUGGUACAUCAGGCUGUGCUUCAAACCCCAGGCUUUCAGUGACUGUAGUUGGUACCGUGUGUGCAUUAUGUUGAUGUGAUGGUGAACAGAAAGUAUCUCAUUGUUUUUGACAAUGUAUAUAAUAAGUACAGAAAACAGACCCUCACUUCUGGAUUCAUUGGUGUCCUUGAGAAUUAAAACUGUCCAAUCAAAGGCUUGA